CCUCGCCCGGCCACGCGCGCGGCGGCGCGGCGCGGCAGCGAUGCGGCGCGUUACCCGACUUCCGACGCCAGGCACGGCAAGGCACGGCGCGCGCGCGGGGCAGGCGCGGGGCAGGCGCGGGGCAGGCGGCCUGCAGCGGCGCGCACAACCGCCUCGCAAGCGCGCGCGCGGCUUGCUUUGCCAGCGUGCCCGGCGCCCGCUCCCUCCUCCUUCUUCAUCGCCAUCGCCGCCACGUCACACGCGCUCGUCCGUCGCUUCUUCCCCCAUGUCCCUCCUCACCAACACCCAGUGGGACGAGUACGCCCGGAACUACGUCGGCAUCUGGACGCCGCGCGACCUUGCGGGCCCUCGCGCCCGCCCCGCUGCUGGGCCCAUCCGGCGCCCGCGCAACAAGAAGCGUCCCGUCUUCUGGCUCCACUCGGCUGCUUUUGACGAGGACUAUUUCGAGCAGCUCAACGAGAAGGUCUGGACGCACAUUGCUGGGGCUGCGGGCGUCAUGUACGAGCGCGAUGACCCGCGCUUUGCACUUCCCGACUUCGUCACGCUGUACGUGCGCAGCGACUCGACGCCAACUCUGCGUCACUUUUGGGUCACGAUCGGCUCUCGCAAGUGGCGCGACGUGCCGGACUUUGCGCUUCACUUUUCGGGCGAGCUCUAUUUCGAAAUGACGGGCACUCGCGCACAGUGCACCUGCAGGGCGUGCGCCAGCGCUGGCGCCGCUUGAGUUCGUGCGAGCUUCAUCUUGCUCUCCGCCGCCCGUGCGGUGUCUGCUGCCGUCUGUUUGCGCGAGCUAAUGAAAAAAAGUGCCCGGUCUGCGAGUUGGCCGCUGUGCGGUUGUCCGACGGCAUGCAUUGCGGCGCAUGCAUCGCGGCGCAUCCAU